AUGGUGUUAAUUAAAAAACAAUAUAACACUGUGGGUUAUUCUAAUAUGACUUUUAAAAAUUCUUUAAUAAAGAAAAUGAAAAAAAUUAAAUCUAUACACUAUGUAAUAGAUUUGCAAGAUAUCCAAUCAUAUACAUAUACCAAUAAUCAAGAUGUCCCAAAUUGUUUUGAAGAGAAUUUUGAAUUCCCAAAUAAUAGUUCACAAUUACCAAUGGGUUUAUCAAGAAGAUUAAGUGAUAGUAAUCAAGUUUUACAACCAUUAAUGGCUCUAAUUUGGACUCCAGAAAUAGUAAUUGAUUACAUUAGAUUUAAUGCUGAAUUAAAAUGUGAGAGCCAAAAUUUUACUAGGGAAAUUAGAAUCUUUGCUCACAGUUUAGUAGUUGUUGAAAAGAAUUUUAAAAACAAAUCAAAAAAAAACAAAAAUAUUAUAAUUCCCUUUAAAGAUAUUACAGAUCUAUAUUUAGAUCCGAAUUGGACAAUUUGGACAAUUUUUCUAAAUAAUGGAUUUUCAUAUGUAUUUAAAUUAAACUACCCAGGUUUACCAAUUCAUUUAAGUGUAAAUUCUCUCCUUUCAAAUUAUAUUAAUAGCCAAAACCAAUUGAAAAAAGAAUAA